GCUCCGCGGGAAUGGGGGCGCAGGGGGACCUCUGCCGGCGCCGCGGCCAGGUGGAGCGCCGAGUCAUCGAGCGGCGCGACAGUCGCGGAAGCCGCGGGGUGCGCUUGUCCGGGCCUGCCGUGCAGGGGCCGGCUAGAGGAGCGCUGAGUGCUGAGGAGGCGCCGGAGGGAACCAACCCGGCGAGGGCCACGAGUCAGUCGGUGACUCACGAGCUUCGUGCUGCUCUCCGACACCUCCCGCUGCGGCUCUGGGCCUUGCACCGUGUGCCCCGGGUCGGCGCGGCCGGGCGCCUCUCCCGCCGGGUGCGGCACUCCGACGUGGGAUCCCGGAGCUGUCAGGCUCAGCGUGCCGGUGAAUGGGGACCGGGGCGUGCAGAGGAGCUCUAUUUUAAGGAACUCUCAACUAAAAAAAAGCACGUCAUGGAGAAGAACGGGACUAACCGGAAGCUUCGGGUUUGCGUUGCUACCUGCAACCGCGCAGAUUACUCCAAACUCGCCCCGAUCAUGUUCGGCAUUAAGACAGAGCCUUCGUUCUUCGAGCUGGAUGUGGUGGUGCUGGGCUCUCACCUGAUAGACGACUAUGGAAACACUUAUCGCAUGAUUGAGCAAGAUGACUUUGACAUCAACACCAGGCUCCAUACAAUCGUCAGAGGGGAAGACGAAGCAGCCAUGGUAGAGUCAGUAGGCCUAGCUCUAGUGAAGCUACCAGAUGUCCUUAAUCGCCUGAAGCCUGACAUCAUGAUCGUUCAUGGAGACCGAUUUGACGCCCUGGCUCUGGCUACCUCUGCUGCCUUGAUGAACAUCCGAAUCCUUCACAUUGAAGGGGGAGAGGUCAGUGGGACCAUUGAUGACUCCAUCAGACAUGCUAUCACCAAACUGGCUCAUUACCACGUGUGCUGCACCAGAAGUGCGGAGCAGCACCUGAUAUCCAUGUGCGAGGACCAUGACCGCAUCCUUUUGGCAGGCUGCCCUUCCUAUGACAAACUGCUCUCAGCCAAGAAUAAAGACUAUAUGAGCGUCAUUCGGAUGUGGCUUGGUGAUGAUGUAAAAUGUAAAGAUUACAUUGUUGCACUGCAGCACCCUGUGACCACUGACAUUAAGCAUUCCAUAAAGAUGUUUGAAUUAACACUGGAUGCACUUAUCUCAUUUAACAAGAGGACCCUAGUUCUGUUUCCAAAUAUUGAUGCAGGGAGCAAGGAGAUGGUCCGAGUGAUGCGGAAGAAGGGCAUCGAGCAUCACCCCAAUUUCCGGGCAGUCAAGCACGUCCCAUUUGACCAGUUUAUACAGCUGGUUGCCCAUGCUGGUUGUAUGAUUGGGAAUAGCAGCUGCGGAGUGCGAGAGGUUGGCGCUUUUGGAACACCUGUGAUCAACCUGGGAACACGCCAGAUCGGAAGAGAAACAGGGGAGAAUGUUCUUCAUGUCCGGGAUGCUGACACUCAAGAUAAAAUAUUACAAGCUCUCCACCUCCAGUUUGGUAAACAGUACCCUUGCUCAAAGAUAUAUGGGGAUGGAAAUGCUGUUCCAAGGAUUUUAAAGUUUCUCAAAUCUAUUGACCUUCAAGAGCCACUACAGAAGAAAUUCUGCUUCCCUCCUGUGAAGGAGAACAUCUCUCAAGAUAUUGACCAUAUUCUUGAAACUCUGAGUGCCUUGGCUGUUGAUCUUGGAGGGACAAAUCUCAGAGUGGCAAUAGUUAGCAUGAAGGGUGAAAUAGUUAAGAAGUACACUCAGUUCAAUCCUAAAACCUACGAAGAGAGGAUUAGUUUAAUCCUACAGAUGUGUGUGGAAGCCGCAGCAGAGGCUGUGAAACUGAACUGCAGAAUUCUAGGAGUAGGCAUUUCCACAGGUGGCCGUGUGAAUCCCCAGGAAGGAAUUGUGCUGCAUUCAACCAAACUGAUACAGGAAUGGAACUCUGUGGACCUCAGAACGCCCCUCUCUGACACCUUGCAUCUCCCUGUGUGGGUGGACAACGAUGGUAACUGUGCCGCCAUGGCAGAAAGGAAGUUCGGCCAAGGAAAAGGACAGGAGAACUUCGUGACGCUCAUCACAGGGACAGGGAUUGGUGGUGGGAUCAUCCACCAGCACGAGCUGAUCCACGGCAGCUCUUUCUGUGCGGCAGAGCUGGGCCACCUCGUGGUGUCUCUGGAUGGGCCUGACUGCUCCUGUGGAAGCCAUGGCUGUAUUGAAGCGUAUGCCUCUGGGAUGGCCUUGCAGAGGGAAGCAAAGAAGCUCCAUGAUGAGGACCUGCUCUUGGUGGAAGGGAUGUCAGUGCCAAAAGACGAACCUGUGGGUGCCCUCCAUCUCAUCCAAGCUGCCAAGCUCGGCAACGUGAAGGCCCAGAGCAUCUUACGAACAGCUGGAACUGCUUUGGGACUUGGGGUUGUGAACAUCCUCCACACUAUGAACCCUUCCCUAGUGAUCCUGUCUGGAGUCCUGGCCAGUCACUAUAUCCACAUCGUCAAGGAUGUCAUCCGCCAGCAAGCCUUGUCCUCCGUACAGGAUGUGGAUGUGGUGGUUUCAGAUUUGGCUGACCCGGCCCUGCUUGGCGCUGCCAGCAUGGUUCUGGACUACACCACCCGCAGGAUCCACUAGGUCUCCUGGGAGUGGACAUGGACUGAGACCUAAGAGCUACUUAGUGGAACCAGGUUUUUAGAUCAGUGCUUCUUCAAAGGCAAAUUUGUGGGGCUGCUGAGAUGGCUCGAUGGCUAAGAGCCUUUACUGCUCUUGCAGAGGACCCCAGUUCAGUCCCCAGCGCUCACGUCCGGCAGCUCACAGCCUGACAGCCAAGCUCCAGGGGAUCCAAGGCCUCAGCCGCUGAGGGCAUUCUCACUCAAAUGUCCAUACCCCUCCCUCAAACAUAAUUAAAAAUAAAUCGUAUUUUUUAAAGGGCCAAUUUGAUAUUAAUCUCCAGCAACAGCUGCAGAAGUAGCUUGCUUUUCAUCUUCCCUUCUGUAUCAAGUCAGUGUUCUCUAGAGCACAGCUGAUGGAAGGAGUCUGUCCGUCUGUAUGGACGCAUCACUGGGAUAGCUUGCAGGCUGAGCGAGUCCAACAGUGGCUGACUCCCAACGGAAAUCCAGGAGUUGUUCAGCCCAUGAGGCUCAUGUCUCAGCUGGUCUUCAGUGGGCAUCAGAAUCGUGAAGUAGGCUCCAGUACCAGUGAAUGGAGAGCAAGGGCAGCCAGGCAAAAAGCAAUCACUUCCUUCUCCCAUGUUCUUUAUAUAGGCUGUCACCAGAAAGUGUGGCCUAGAUUAAAGGGGGAUCUUUCUACUUCAAAUGAUUUAAUUAAAAAUUCCUCCCAGGUGUA